UCGGCGAGCUGUACCAACGAAUGCGGGGGAAAAUAAUAAAUGCUAGGGCUUUUCUUAUCGGAAAACUUGUCGGAGAAUUGUUGUGUAAUUGGGGUUCUGGGUCGAUUCUUUGCUUGGCUGUCCAACAAAUUUCCAGGAUCGAAUUGAGUUAUAGCCCGCUAAGUUGAAUAUGAAGAGGAACUUAAAGAAUUCUGCCCUGGCUAAGACAAUUGUGAACAAGGAAAUAAUUGAGAUUGAGUCAGAUACAGAUACAGAUGAAGUUGGUGGUGGAAUGUUGACUCUUUGUGUUGAAGAGAAUGCUCCAGGGGAUGAUACUUUAGCUAAGAACCCAAAUAAGUCUGCUGUGGCUAAGACCAUUGUGAAGAAGGAAAUAAAGUUUGAGUCAGAUAUUGAUGAAGUUGUCCGUAGAAUGCUGGCUCUUUGUAUCAAAAUCGAUGCAUCAAGGGAUGAUGCUUUAGCUAAGUCCCCCAAGAAGUCUGCUGAUGCUGUGGUUAAGACCACUGUGAAGGAGGAAGUAAUUGAGAUCGAGUCAGACACAUAUACUGAUGAAGUUGGUGGUAGGAUGCUGGCUCCUUGUGGUGCCGAGAAUGCAUCAGGGGAUGAUGUUUUAGUAAAGAACCCUACGAUGGCUAAGACAAUUGUGAAGAGAGAAAUAAAGAUUGAGUCAAGUAUAGAUGAAGUUGCUGGUCCAUUGCUGGCCCUUGGUGAAGUGAAUGCAUCAGGUAAUGAUACUUUAGCUAAGAACCCUAAAAAGUCUGAGGUGGCUGAGACCAUUAUGAAGCAGGAAAUAAUUGAGAUUGAGUCAGACUCAGAUACAGAUGAAGUUGGUGGUAGAAUGCUGGCUCUUUGUGGUGCCGAGAAUGCAUCAGGGGAUGAUGUUUUAGUAAAGAACCCGAAGAAUUCUGCGGUGGCUAAGACAACUGUGAAGAGAGAAAUAAAGAUUGAGUCAAGUAUAGAUGAAGUUGGUGGUCCGUUGCUGGCCCCUGGUGAAGUGAAUGCAUCAGGUAAUGAUACUUUAGCUAAGAACCCUAAAAAGUCUGAGGUGGCUGAGACCAUUAUGAAGCAGGAAAUAAUUGAGAUUGAGUCAGACUCAGAUACAGAUGAAGUUGGUGGUAGAAUGCUGGCUCCUUGUGGUACCGAGAAUGCAUCAGGGGAUGAUGUUUUCGUAAAGAACCCGAAGGAUUCUGCGGUGGCUAAGACAAUUGUGAAGAAAGAAAUAAAGAUUGAGUCAAGUAUAGAUGAUAUUGGUGGUCCAUUGCUGGCUCUAGGUGAAGUGAAUGCAUCAGGUAAUGAUACUUUAGCUAAGAACCCUACAAAGUCUGAGGUGGCUGAGACCAUUGUGAAGCAGGAAAUAAUUGAGAUUGAGUCAGACUCAGAUACAGAUGAAGUUGGUGGUAGAAUGCUGGCUCUUUGUGGUGCCGAGAAUGAUGGUUUAGGUAAGAACCCGAACAAGUCUGCGGUGACUCAGACAAUUGUGAAGAAGGAAAUAAUUGAGAUUGAGUCAGCCACAGACACAGACACAGAUGAAGUUGGUGGUAGAAUGCUGGCUCUUUGUGGUGAAGUGAAUGCAUCAGGGGAUGAUGCUUUAGCUAAAGAUGGCAAAACCAAUAGAGCCAAUAUGCAGAUUGUUUGUGCUGAUCAUUGCGAUUCCGGUUUGGUUCAUGAUUUGGAAUAUAAAAAGUACUUGACACAUUUUAGUGAAAUCGGGAAGCUAUAUAUGUUUGAUGACAAUGUGAGGGGUAGUUCUCCAGUGCGUAUUAUGUACAAUGUCGAUCAUGAAACAUCUGAUAGAAGUAAAGGCAGAGCAGUUAUAAUCGAGAAGAGUAGAGCAGGAAGAAAGGCGAAGUCUCCUACGAUUUCUAGUGUAUCUAAGAGGUUAAAGACUGAGAAUGGUAGAGCAGAUAGUAAUUCGAUUUUGAGGACUGGUUUAAGGAUCAAAGAAACCCAACAAAAGAAAGGAGAUGGUCGACGUGGAAGAAAGAGUUCUGUAGCCAAGAAGUCUAUUGAAUUAAAGCCUACAAGCUAUGCCAGAGGAGACACCAAACAAAAGAACGGAGAUGCUGCACGUGGAAGGAAAAUUUCUGUAGCCAAUAACACUAUUGAAUUAAAGCCUACAAGUUAUGUCAGAAACUUCCAAGAAAAGAACGGAAACGUUCCACGUGGAAGGAAAAUUUCUCUGGCCAAGAAAGACAUCAUAUUGAAGCAUUCGAGAAAUGAUGAGUCUCAGAAGAUUUUGAGAGCUUCAAAGAGACUGAAAACUGAAAUUGGGAGAUCAGAUCAUAACUUGAUUUCAAAGAGCAUCCCAGUGGUUAACACCAAAGAUACCCAACGAAGGAAACGAGAGGCUUUGCAGCAAAGGAAGAUCCCUGUGAGUAAGCACAAUAAUGAAUCAAAGUCUAGAGGUCAUGUCAGAGGCGAGUUAUUUCACGGUUUCUUACCUCCCAGGAAGGAAAAUGAGUUAUCGUCAAUGGAUAAAAGCUAUUCAUAUUACGUGGCUUAUCUGAGAACUUCCAUUACCAUCGUUCAGUCAGAUCGACAAGUAAAACCUGUGAAAGUGAAAGAUGGAGCGCGUUUGUCAGAUCCUGAUAUUAUUGCAGUCAGUGAUUACCCCUUCCGGGAUGGAGGCAAAUCCCCGUUCGAGGCAACGAAAGACGGCAGAGUGAUAGAUCUUGAAGAUGGUACUGAACCUGAUGAUAUAUUCAACUCUUCCUUUAGCAAGAAGCUAAUCGAAAUUCUCAGAAAUCCCUAUGAUGAAAAAGAGUACUUGAGGCUUUAUCAUGAGGCAUCACUCAAGAGACCAUUGACUCGGUCUAGGCAGUUACGAGAUGGAAGAGAGAUUGAAUAUAAUGUUGAAGACCAAUUGGCACCGUCAUAUCUCGAAAAGUAUACAGAUUUCAACAAGAAGUAUCAUCGUUAUCAGAAGGAUCUUCCUAGAGCUUUAAACCUGCUGCGCGGGUUUUUCUUUUAUUUGGAGAACAUAGUUCUUGAAGGUGCAUUCAAACCCUGGCUGCAUGAACAACGGUUGACCAAUUUGUUAGUUGAUGCUAGAGAGUGCAUAGAUAUUGUAGGCAACAAGUAACGAGGCACGACACUGCUCUUAAAGUACAUUUUAAGUGAAACUCAAGACUCUAUAAUAAAGUCUUGGAUAUGAAGCAAAAGGAGAGAUCCUACAAGAUCCGUCUUUGCUAUCUCAAGGCUUCUUUUAGGUUUUUACUGUAGUAGUAGUAGUUUCUGACUUCAUAUUGAGAGCUGCAGAUAUGUGUAGUAAUCUGCAUAUCUUGAUUUGUAAACUGUAGCAUUAUACUCUUAGCUUGUGGAAGCGAACUGACAAAUUGAAGAAAGGCCAAAAAACCAAAAUUUCAUUUAUGGGUCUGUUUUACAC